GGAGCCAUCGACGAGAGAGAGACAGGGAGAUAGAGAGGGAGAAAGCGAGCCAAGAGGUCAGCGAAGCUUGGAGUUAUCGGAGGUCCAGGGCUUGUUUUUUUGUUUCAGUCCAACCUCAAACGAGCCAGCUGUAGCGGCGGGGCACCAGCGGCAUCAUGUCUGGAGCUGCGAAGGCCGCGUUCAACAAGAUCCCAAGCGGUGGGCCUCUCCUGCCCCUCAUCAACGGCGCGUUGGUGCUAGGAGCGUUGGGCUACUGCGGGUACAACUCGGUAUUUACCGUGGAUGGCGGGCACCGUGCGAUCGUGUUCAACCGGCUGAGCGGGGUGAAGGAGGGGGUCAUGACGGAGGGGAUGCACUUCAUCAUCCCCUGGUUCGAGUGGCCUUACAUCUACGACGUGCGCACGAAGCCGCGUAACGUUCAGUCGCUAACUGGGUCGAAGGACUUGCAAAUGGUGAGCAUCACGCUCCGUGUGCUGACCAAGCCGGAUCCCUUCAAGCUCCCCUUCAUCUACCGCAGGUUGGGCAAGGACUACGACGAGCGUGUAUUGCCGUCCAUCGUGAACGAGGUGACCAAGGCCGUCGUCGCUAAGUACAACGCCUCCGAGCUCCUCACCAAGCGAGAGGCCGUGUCCAAGAACAUCCGGGACGCGCUGCAGAAGCGGGCGGGGGACUUCGGCAUCGUGAUGGAGGACACGGCGAUCACCCACCUCAGCUUCAGCAGAGAGUACACGGCUGCCGUCGAGGCCAAGCAGGUUGCCCAACAAGACUCCGAGCGUUCCAAGUACGUCGUCGAGAAGGCUCGCCAGGAGAAGAUGAGCAUUGUGAUCAAGGCACAGGGAGAGGCGCAAUCGGCCAAGCUGGUCGGAGAGGCCAUCAAGGACAACCCGGGGUUCAUCCAGCUCCGACGCAUUGACGCGGCGAGGGACAUCGCGUCCACUGUGGCAAGGUCGAACAACAAGCUCUUCCUCAACACGGACAGUCUUUUGCUUGACCUUGUGGGGCAGGGGGACGCCGGCAUCAAGUCGACCAUGGGGGGCAGCAAGAAGCCUUCUUGGCGUUAGAGGCUGUAGAAAUCCUUCCGGUUUUCAUGUUCGUUUCUAAGGUGCUUCCCUGAAGUUUUCUCUUUUCCUUGAAUUGGGUUGUUUGGGCGGCGGGUAUUGUAGUGAUUCGCUCGAAACGUCAAACGACGGCGGGUUUGCGUUUCCCUCAAGCAGCGCUUGCAGCACAGGAGGCCGCACGGCAGCAACUCCCGUCGUUUCUUUCUUGGUGUACCACCGAAUCCCUUCGUCUUGCUUCUUGGUUGCGCUUUGGCUUGGCGGCGAUUGGGUUAACAAGAGGGGGCUCCGCAGACAGCACACAAUAGAUACCUGUAUGCCAGACCGGCUUGGCAUGUGGGGUAAGGAAGAGAUCAUCCAUCCUUUGCGAUGAUCCGCGCGCAUUUGUGCGCGUCGAAGCGGGGGACGAGGACUCGAGUGUUUUUUUCGUUCGUUUGUCCGAAGAAAUGCUUUGUUUCGAUGACAGGUGGACUUGGCCUCCUCCCACAGGGUUUUUUUUUGAAGGUUCAAAGGUUGGAGCCAAGGUCGUGAACUAAUGCGCGCCCGGUGCCAAGUAUACUGUGGUUUUUAGUCGCUUUCUUGGAAAAGUUAAUUGAGUCGCCGGACAAGUUUCAACAAUGACGUCGGUCUUCGGCCGAAAGAAAAACAGAGAGAGCCUUCUGUGGCGACAAAAAAUGAUGCUACUGACAUGUUAUGAUAUUGGUCACUGCAACCUGCACACGGUUGUAAGCAGAAUUUUGACCCCAUGGCUGAAGCUCUCGGUGGUUUCCGUGGGGUCCGAUGACAAACACAAGCUCAGCCCCAUGCUAUGUGGUUUUCCACUACUCCACGAUAAG